AUGGCGCAAAGGUACUCGAGGAUGGAGAAAGGAAAAUGGGCAGCAGAAGCGUCGAGAGAAGUACAGAGAGCCCCGGUCAGACUACCAUCAAGCAACAACUCAGCUCUGAUAGAAGAAAACAAGCUUACCCUAAUUGGGCGUGUAACAAAUCCAGCGGUUCAAAAGACUCAAUGGGUAGUGGAGUGGCUCACCCAGUACUGGAAUGUAGAAGGAGAGAUUACAGGGCGUGAGCUAGGACCAAAGCUUUUCCAAAUCCGAUUCACGUCAGAGGAAGCAUUGAAGACGGUACUCAGGAAAGGCCCCUACCAUUACAAACGGUGGAUGAUCAUACUACAACGUUGGGAACCAGUGGUAUCAAAUUCUUUCCCUCGAAAGAUUGCCUUCUGGAUAAGGAUACAUGGACUACCCCUACACUACUGGACAGAGGAAUCUCUGUCUACAAUAGGGGACGAACUAGGAAGGAUACUGGAUACGGAGGUGAAGCAGGGGAGAAUCCGCAUCCUCAUUGAUGGGCUGAAGAAAUUGGAAAUGAGUCUCCCUGUGGAAGUUGAUGGAGAAGUAAUCACGGUAGACUUGGAAUAUGAGAAGCUUGAGAAACAUUGUUUCAUCUGUUACUCCCUCUGUCAUGAGAAAGAAACUUGCCCUCUUAAUAGGGAGAGAGAAGAAGGAGAAGAUAGAAAACAAGGGAUAAGUCAACACAACACGCUAAGGAAACUAGAGGAGCACAUGCGCAAACAUGAUCAUAGAAGAUCAGUCUCCUUCAGCUCUAGAGAGAGAGAGGAGUUGAGUCUAGAGACCAGUUCCAAAGUAGCCACCGAUCGGUCUAUUCUCGUCUCCAGCCUGCAGAACGAGAGAAGGCACCAAUCUUAG